AUGGAAGCCAAUGGAUUUCCCCAGUGGUUUGCUGCAUGGAAACGGAUUAGGAAGGCGAAAGAAGCAAGCGUUUGUGUAUUUAAAAAAAAAGGUGGCGAAGGCCACGAGGAGGGAAAUAAAGACGGCAAUCGAGCACUUCACCACAGGGAUACUGUAAACUGUGGCUUUGCAGACGUCGAUCUGCAUAUAACGCGAUGCGGAGAGUGUCGUUUCUUUUUUGUUUUUUUUUUAGUUUUUUAUUGGUAUUGUUAUCUUUUUUCUUUUGUACGUAGGUAUGUGAAGAUGCCGAGAUGGAGAGCCAGAAACGUUCCGUGUUUGUCGUCCUGCAAUUCAUUUCCUCGUUUUGGUAGUGAUUUAUAUUUAGUCGAAGAGCAAAUAAAUAAAAACAAUAUAUUGUUGCUCCCGUAUGUUUAG